AUGAAUACCACAGAAAGAGAACUCCAGCCUGGCUUCAGGAGAAGCCGUAUGACAUCCAUAAAAGGACUUAGAACUAGAAGUGUUGUAACUUUCAAUCCAACAACAAUUAGCCCGGGAGAAGAGCUGUACAUUAACAUUCCUAAAUUAAAGCCCGACUCUUGUUUAGUUCCAGGGUCACUUACACUCUUAUUUGAUUUUAAAAAUUCAAAUACAAAGAGCAGGUUCAAUAAUAACCUAGCUAAGUUGAUUGCAAAACGUCUUCAGGUUAAAGUAGCCGAUGAAACAGCCUAUGACUGUUCAGGAGAGAGUUUGUACGAAAUUUAUAAAGACCUAUGGCUAACACAGGGUGAUAGAAAUAAGAUGACAGAACAGGGCCUCGGAAGUGAAAACCUGAGAAAGCUGAUAUCAGGUGAUGACUCAGGAGUAAAAGUAGGUGAUGCAGGUAAAAUAGCAGAUGGACUUCUCCAUAGUGUAUACGGCUCCAAACUUAGAAAACCAAUUGAUAAGAUUAUCGCAGACCAUGGACUCUACGUACCAUUCUACAUGAACAACAAUCCUAUGUACAUAUUCACACUCCCCGGAUCAGAUGAAAUUAUGACUGCUCAAGGAGGUGAAGCUAAGGGUAAUUAUAAACUUGACAAUCUCGAGUUAGAAUAUGAGACCAUUGAGAAUGACGCCCUUGCAGGUGAAGUAUCAAGGAUGUAUUCAACAGGCCGCUCACUAUCCUACAAACACGUCACUCUUAUGCGUACAAGUAAUUGGGACAAAGAUCUUACCAUUGUGAAUGAAAACAUAAAUAUUCCCAGAAAGAGCAUGUCAGCAAUUGUCCUUCUAUUUACCAACAGAGUAAGAACUGAUUCUGAAGAAUAUACUUACCCAAACAUUGAUAAAGUUAACCUUACCAUUGAGGGUGUGCCUAAUGCAGUUUUCUCCCAGGGACUUCCUAAAAGUAGGUUCUUUGAAGAGGCAAAAUGA